GCGUCAGUGGUGUUUUAAAACAUGGCUUCCGCUGAAAAAGAACAAGCGACGUUGCUGCGAGAAAUCAGUUAUUUAACAGCCCUUAUUAAGCAGCAUAAGGAGCCUCAACCAAGUAGUGAAGUGAAAGAUGGGACUAAACAAUUGCACAAGGCUUCAGGCUUCAAGGUGCAUCUGCACCAUGGCAGUCAUCAAGCUAUGAAGACAUCAUGGACAAGUCAUGAAAAUAGGGAGAGGAAUGAAACUGAAGUGUCAGGCAUAGUUCGUCAUCUCGUGAAGAAGUCAUCCUCCGUUCCAACAGUUUCUGGCCCUCAAGGGAAGAAUAAAAAUCCUCAUCACAGGAAGCAUGAUUCUACUUUGAGUUUUAGAACAUCAUCAGGAGAAAAUAAAUGUAAAAGGGAACAGAUUACAAAACAUAGGGUUAAAUUGGAACCAGCAGAGCCAAGGGUCAAAUUGAAACCAAAUUCUGUUGUUGAAUUAGAACUGCCUGGUAAUUGUAAAGUGAAAAGAGAACACAUAGCAGAACACAGGGUAAAAAGAGAACAAAAUGUUCAAGUAAUGAACACUGGGCAUAACACAUCCCAGAAAAAUUUACGAACGGUCAUUUCAAAAUAUUCUGGUGGUGAUUUUAGCAGUAUAGAUGAAAGAAAGCUUUCAUUUGAUGACAAAAGCAUCAAAGUUAGUAUUAAAAAUGAGUUUAGUGAACCUUUAAAAAGGUCACGAACUGUUCUGGCACCCACCAAACACUCAGGGCUGGUUCCUUCUGUCCAAAGUAAAUGCUCAUCUUCUGUUGGGAGUGCAGUAUCUGUAACUAACGACCCUCCAUCAAAUCAAGCCAGAAAAAGUUUGUCUAAAUAUAAGUGGUUUGGUGCAAGGCAGUUUGACACUGUUUCUCAACCCUCGGGAAUGUGCAAGUCAUCUACCUCAUCUCUGAUUAAUGCUAGGGGCAGUGGUCAGAAUGUCCUACCUCUAAGAACAGUGAUUGCUCCUGUGGAGCAGAAUAAGAUUGAUUCGAUUCUUCCAAAACCUUUGAUGACAUCUACUCCUGACGAUGUCUUGCUUUUACAACAGCAAGCUCCACGUAUUCCUCUUCGAAGGCGGUCGUCUGAAAGGCAUAAACAGACACUGAAACAAAGCUCUGCCAAAGUCAUUUCCAGCAAGUACAGACUUCACAAAAUAGGUCCUCAAAUAAGCAGCCCACCUGUGCCCUUGCCAUCCACUAGUAGGAAAAUUCAGCGCCAGAAAAGUUUAACACUGGUGAAAAGUCGGACUAAACUAGUAAAAAAACACAUCCCAAUAUCAGAAUCCAGUACUCCUCGACCACUGCUAAAACGAAAUACAAAGUACAAGUAUCAAGUUGCUCAUAAACAUAGUGAGAGUGACUCGAAGCAGCAUACAGAGACGCCAAGAAGCCACAAAGUACAUCUGGGCAAACCAAAAUCCUCAAGAUAUCGAUACGUGAGAAGUUUAUCAAAUUCCUCGUCCAAGUCCCAACGGAAUUGGAAAUCAAAAUAUUCUCUCAAAAGAGAUAAUGACACAGCCAUGCUUAUCUAUCUCACUCACCUGCUCGGCCGACCAGUGAAGAAUAUUAGCAAUAAUAAGUAUAAGUUCGUCAGUGCAGCCUCCAAUCCAAAUAGGAUAACUUCCAGGGAUUUUUCCCUCAAAAGAGUUAAAACAUUGCCGUCAAAAUCAAAGUUGAAACUUGACCGUAGGAUGCUAGCUGCCAAAACCAAAUCAACAGAAAGAUACGUUGUGCUCAAUGGGUUUGUGUAUAGAUCAUCAGCAAGAAAGCUGGAGAAGACGCAAGGUGCUGGUGCCAUGCCUGCAAAUAGGACAAAGAAAACUGUUGUCAUUAGAAAAAUCAAUCAUGCCAAGAUGAAGAUGGUGACAGUUAAUGGUGUCAAAUUCAGGAUGGAUCAGAGUGGGAAAACCCUUCAGAGGAUUGAUAGCAAUACUCCAGUUAAAACCAAUGUUGCCUCAAUGUCUCGGUCAACUCCGGCAAGCAGGCGUCCAAUAACCAGGCUUGAUAUUGGGGGUGUGACCUACUAUCAGUCGCGUCCUGGUACUUUGGUGAGAGCGACCAAUUUACGGAAUCGCAUUGUGGCAAGUCAAGUUGUCCAUCGCAGUAAAUCUUGGGCUGUUGCCAGUAAACAGAGACAGAUGAAGCGGCAAUAUUGCCUAUAUUAUCAAAGAUUUGGUCGAUGUAACCGUGGUGACAAGUGCCCAUCCAUUCAUGAUCCAGAGAAAGUGGCUGUGUGCAAGAGAUUCCUGCGCGGCACAUGUAACAUCACCGACUGUCCUUUCUCACACAAACUCUCCAAGGAGAAGAUGCCUGUGUGUUCAUAUUUCCUUCGAGGUGUCUGCACCCGUGAGCACUGUCCCUAUCUCCACGUCAAAGUGAAUCAGGACGCUGAGGUCUGCAAUGGUUUUCUUGCUGGGUACUGCCCUCUGGGUGACAAGUGCAAGAAGAAACAUACCCUGGUGUGCCAGUCGUUUUUGAAAACUGGCAAGUGUUCUGUGGGGAAAAAGUGCAAACUUGUUCAUCCGAAUAUAAGAAAGAGACAGCUAAGCAGCUCUACUUACCAGAGACCAACGAAAAGACGUGCCCUUGCCACAGAGGUCGCCCAGAGUGACAGGUCCACCACUCCAGUUCCAGAAUCCUCAGCAACAUGUGUCCGUCCAUCCGUCUCUAAGAAACUAGAGUCCAUGCCAGCAUUUAUUGCUCUAGAACCAGACAAGGAGGAGGUGACAAUACCAGUGCGGCAAGAAAUGAAACCAGGUUUGUUUGAGACAGUAUGUGGUAUUACUCCAUACUUAUGCAACACCAUCAACUUUUGUCCAUUUGUACAUACUCAUUUGCAUUUAUUCCAGAGAAACCUAUGCUGCAGAUAAGACCCAAUUUCACCUGAGGUCAGCUAUGGAAGUCGAAUAAAGACCCGAGUUCCCAGUGCUUUGUGGGUUAGAGAGAAUCAAGAAAUUGUGAUCCAACGAUUCCUGCAAUUUGUUACACUGAUCAAGAACGAGAAGUUUAGAUGAUUUUACGUUGAAGAAUACACAAACGAAACUUCAUUUUAUGAUUUCAUUCGUCAAGUGUCGUCACUCAUGACUGCUCACUUUAUGGUGACGUCAUACAAAGUGCCUUUGUCCUCUCGAAACUGCCGAGCUCCGUUCAUACCAAGGGAAAACUUGUGGAUUCAGAAUGUGUCUUAAAGAACCUUGAGAAAUGUUCUUGGAUUAGGUACGUAUGCCGGUAAGUAUAACCUAAUCCUUUUCUCUGUGUGCUUUUCAUUAAGUGGAUCUCCAGGUAAUUAUCUCUUUCAUUAUUGUGACUUGUAUGUCAGGAAAUCAAAGUGGUUCGUCCUCCACCAAUAAGAGGCAAUUGGAUCUAACUCAUCAUGUUUAGCAGUAUAUUGUAGAUAAUCAGUGUAUGCAUGAUAUCUAAUGCAUGACAAAAAUAUUGCUGGGUUAGAUUCUGGUUUAGAUGCAGGCAGGCACCUUCUCUCAUAGCUUUAAUAACCAUUUCAGACUAGUUUGGUUGCCUUACAUAUAAGAGUCCCUUUUUAUAGGCCAGUUUCCAAUACAGCAGUGAACGCGAAAAGAUGUGCUGCUUUCAAAAGCUUUCGAUUAACUUCACUGUUAGUAAUUGGCUGGGCUAUUGCAUCAAGCUGCAAAGCUUGUGAAAGCAGGAAAACCACAGCAGUAAACUGCUGCAGAGGAAAAAAACCUUCAGUGUUUAGGAUAUUUUUUAUCAAAGACACUUAAUACUGAAAGCGUUACAAAUUAGAUACUCUGUUUUGUUUCCUAUCGGCCCACUGUUGACUUUGAGGACACUGUGACAUUUCAAGAUAUUUAGCCCACAGGCAAUGCAGGUACAAAACCGAGGUGUGUACUUGGGUCCGCCAGCAUAAGAUGAAUACUGCUUGUGGACUGUUGCCUUGCUUUGCUAGGUUGAAACAACUUGUAGAGAAAAAGUUGCUUCAUGAGUCGAACAUAAAAUGCAGAUGUUGUAUAAAAUGGUGGUAAUAUGAAGCUCUUCAUGUCAUCUUCUUUAAUGGAAUUGAUGCAUUGAUAAUGUUUUCAGUACAGGUGUCUGUAGAUUACAUGUAAAUUUUAUCCUUGUCAUGUGAAUAUUGUUUCCCAAGUUCGUGUUUAUCUUCUGGAAUCGGUUUCUACUUCUGUAGCCCUGCAAUAUCACAAAUAUUGCUACAGAGUAGCGGGACAUGACAUGUGGAAAAGGACUAAUGCACAAACUGGACUGAGCUGGACUGAGCUGGACUGACAUUUUAGAAAGAAACUACAUUGUUAUUCUCUAGUGUAACCAUGAGUCGUGGUUAGUCUUACUGCAAUGCAGAUGUUAGUACAUUGUUUUUGUAGUCAUUGUAAUUUUCUGUCCAAAUUCUGCUCAGUGCAGAUUCCUUGUAUUGCAUUCUGGUUUAUACAGUGCAUUCCUCCAUUUUAGGGCAUGACCUGACCCUGAUAAAUCACUAUGCUGUCCCCCUGAAAUCAAAUGAAGAAUUUUACGUGGUAUGAAAACAAAAAGACCUUUGUUGUCACAAUCAAUUGAUAUCAUCCACACCUGUUACAGCAUCGGCUCUGUUGACCCAAAACUAUGGCAUUUUUGACAUCAUGUGGUCUCAGAUUUUCCACGGAAUUUACAGUCGGAGUGUGAUUUAUUACUGUCGGGUGUUUCUCUAAAAUAGAAGAAUCAUCAAUAUCUAUCCGUAUUGUACAUAUAAGCAACAAAUUUUAUUUUAUCACCUAUUUUCUCUCUAUUUCCACAAAUUGGAUUACAGGAAGGGUAGUUGUUGUGUAUCCAUGUGUAAUGAAAAAGGAGAAAAUAAAGAUAUUUGUAUCUUAA